CCCUCAUCAUUGGUGGACCACAGAGAAUAUUUGCAUCGUUAUGCGACAAGGCAGAGAGCCAGUGGAUCUGAAAUGUCAUCACAGGUGUCAAAAACUGUCCUCGCUCUUGGCGCCCAAGAAGUGAAUUCACUGAAAGACGGAAUCAACUUCAAAAAAAACUCGGAGGAUGGGAAGUGUUUUAUCAUUUACAAGCAGGGCGAUGAACUACGAGCCUGCAGGAACCAAUGCAAGCACCAAGGGGGUCUCUUCAUCAAAGACAUAGAGGACAUUGAUGGCCGAACGGUCCGAUGCACCAAACAUUACUGGAAACUUAAUGUGUCGACCAUGUGUUACGUCAACCCCCCUGACAGCUUCAUGCAAGAUGAACUCGAUGUGGUGUGGAGGGAUGAGGCAGACGGGGGUCUGGACCUUGUGGAACUAAACCCUCCUGACCCCUGGCUCACAGACCCCAGAGAAGCACAGGCGCUGAGUGCAGGCGAAGUCACGAUAACGUACCUGACUCAUGCGUGUAUGGAGCUGAAGCUGGGUAGCCGUACCAUGAUGUUUGACCCCUGGCUGACCGGCCCGGCCUUUGCCCGUGGCUGGUGGCUCCUCCAUGAACCCCCGUCCGACUGGCAGAACAGGCUCUGCAGCGCUGACAUCAUCUACAUUAGCCACAUGCACUCCGAUCAUCUCAGCUACCCCACCCUGAAAAUCCUAUCUGAAAGAAGACCUGACUUGCCUAUCUACGUUGGUGACACAUCUCGCCCGGUAUUUUGGUACCUGGAAAACAGUGGGGUGACACUGACCAACGUCAAUGUUGUGCCAUUUGGAAUCUGGAAAAAUGUGGAUGAGCAUUUGAGGUUCAUGAUUUUAAUGGAUGGCGUCCACCCUGAAAUGGAUACAUGUAUCAUAGUUGAAUACAAAGGUCACAUGAUCCUAAACACUGUGGACUGCACCAGGCCCAAUGGAGGGCGGCUGCCCCACGGCGUGGACCUGAUGAUGAGUGACUUUGCUGGGGGAGCCUCGGGCUUCCCAAUGACCUUCCAUGGAGGAAGGUAUACAGAGCAAUGGAAAGCUGACUUCAUCAAGAACGAGAGGAAGAAGCUUCUCAACUACAAGGCCCAGCUGGUCCAGUCCUUACGGCCGAAGAUCUACUGCCCAUUUGCAGGUUACUUUGUGGAGGCCCACCCGUCUGACAGGUACAUAAAGGAGACCAACACCAAGAACGGUCCGGAUGAGCUCAACGCCCUCAUCAGGAAAAACUGCAAUGGAGUCACCACAUGGACGCCGAAGCCAGGAUCUAUACUUGAUCUAGGUGUUGCAUUGAAAGACCCCUCCUGCAGGGACGCCAUAACUGACCCUCCGAGUGACGCAAAGAUUUACAAGGACAGCUGGGACUUUGACUUGUAUGUGCAGGACCUUAACUCUGCCAUUGAGGACGCCAUUUUUAAGCACAAAAGCUGGCCCGCGUUUUAUUACACGUGGGCAGGUUUCAAAGACUACAAUCUUGUCAUACGGGUGAUUGAAACAGAUGAUGACUUCAACCCGGUCCCUGGUGGGUAUGACUACCUGGUGGAUUUCCAGGACCUGUCCUUUCCUUCCUCUCGACCCGCCAGAGAGCACCCCUAUGAAGAGAUCAAGAACAGGAUUGGGGUAAUGAGGCACGUUGUGAAGACGGGUCUGCUGUGGGAUGACCUGUACAUCGGCUUCCAGAACAGACUCAGCCGUGACCCGGAUAUCUAUCACCACAGAUUCUGGAACCAUUUCCAAACGCAGCUGCCGACCACUCCGCCUGACUGGGAUCGGUUUCUACAAGAGAUGGAGGCUAAUCUGCCCCCCGAUGCAGGUUCCCCCUGUGUUCUCUCAUGAUGACGUCACACUGCAUUUUAACCCAUCAAGAUCGUGAGCAGCACCUGUGCAACACAACCCUUAAGGUUGGCUGCGUUAUGUAUGGGUCAGUGAUGUUUCAGCAGUAGCACAAAUCAGGGCGACGCAACGACAGCUAUUGCCACUAUUGUAUGGAUAUUUUUGGAUGUAUUUGUUUGAUGUUAGAGGACUAUCUAAGAUGAAUGUCUGCGUGAAAUGAGGAUUUUCUGAAAAAAGGUUUGCACACCAGAUUCCAAGGAAAGAUUCCAGGAAUCUGAGGAAGACCGAGAGGUCGAAACGUCAUUGCCAUUUGAUGAAUGAAUAAAAAGAAGAAAAAAUAACUUAAAGAAUAAAAAAUCCAAAGGAGUGUGCGAACCUUUUCUCAGAAAAUACGUAAUCCUUUUGUUCUGCACCAGUGAUUGUGC